AUGAACCCCAUUCAGCACAGGUUUUGCCUCUCUGUGGUGCGCUCGCUCAAGAAGAUGAAAGACUCAGUGCCGUUCGUGCGCCCUGUCGACCCCGUCGCCCUCAACAUUCCGCACUACCCAUCCAUCAUCAAGAAUCCGAUGGACCUGUCCACUGUCGAGCGCAAGCUUGGUUCUUCCAACCCCGCGAAACCUGACCCAAACCCGUCGAAUCCCCGAUACCGCAACGUCGACGAAUUCAUCGCCGACGUGCGGCUCAUCUUCAGCAACGCUUUACUCUUCAACGGCCCGGACCACGCCGUGACCCUCAUGGGCAAGCGUGUGCAGGACGUAUUCGAUAAGCAAUUGAGGCAGAUGCCCCCUGCCGACGAACCCAAGCUUAUCGCGAAACCGAAGUCGCCGACCCCUCCGCCGCCUGCUGUAACGAAGAAGCCUGCGCGACGCUCCUCCACGACGCUCCCGGUCAUCCGCCGCAAUGAGGCUGAGACUGUUUCGACGCGUCCCAAGCGCGAGAUCCACCCGCCUCCGCCCAAGGACCUUCCGUACGCGGAACCGCCCAAGAAGGCGAUGCGCAAGGUCCGGCGAACGAAGGACCCGAGCACCAUGGCACAGUUGCAAUUCUGCAGCAAGCUUCUUGCCGAUCUUCACAAGAAGCAACAUUACGCUAUCGCCAGUCCUUUUUAUGAUCCCGUCGACUGGGUUGCGCUCAACAUCCCCGACUACCCUAAGAUUGUGAAGAAGCCUAUGGAUAUGUCUACUAUGCGGAAGAAGCUUGACAACCAUGAAUACCCCAACGCGCAGAAGUUCUACGACGACUUCAAGCUCAUGAUCAGGAAUUGUUUUUCCUUCAACCCCGCCGGCACCCCCGUUAACCAGGCCGGCAUUGACCUCCAGCGCUUGUUUGACGACAAGUGGAAGAGCCUUCCACGUCGACAGGAGACGCAGGACGAGAGCGAGCUGGAGGAUGAGGAGGAAGACGAGACCGACGAUGAGCGUGCACGCCAGAUCGCCGCGAUGGAGUCCCAGAUUGAGGCGAUGCGGAACAAUCUCGCAGCCAUCAAGAAUGGGGCAGUCGCGGGCCCGAAGCCCAAGGAGAAGAAGAAGAAAGAGAAGCGGGAGAAGUACGCUCCCGCGGCUCCUGUCGCUUCGACCAGCAAGGCCUCGAAGCCGAAGGCGUCCGCUCCCGCUGGGGGCAAGAAGAAGUCAGGCGGUGGAGGCUCGAAGAAGACGGCUGCGAUUGCGGAUGACGACGUGCUGUCGUUCGAGCAGAAGAAGGAGCUGAGCGAGGCGAUUGGCGCGCUGGACGGCACGAAGCUCGAGCGGGUUAUUCAGAUCAUACACGAGGGCGUACCCGAGAUUCGCGAUAGCACCGAAGAGAUCGAGCUCGAGAUCGACACGCUACCUGCGGCAGUGCUCACCAAGCUCUACAACUUCGUCAUCCGGCCCUUGAAGGCCGGUCCGAAGCGAUCGCGUGUGCCCAAGGGUGGAGGAACCGGCGGGCUCAAGCGCAAGAGCAUGGACGAGGAUGUCGAGGCGGAGAAGAUCCGUCAGCUCGAGGAGCGCAUGCGGCUAUUCGAGCAGGGCGCAGAAGCUCCUAUGCCGGCACUCCCGGGCAUCGGGCACGACAGCGACGCCAGCUCCGACUCGAGCUCGGACGAAAGCAGCGACUCGGAGUAG